CAAGAAAAAAAAAUCAUUAGAACAGGAAUUGGGGGUCUUGCUUGAGCUAUCUCCCUCCUCUUUUGCCAAAGUCAGCAGCCAUGGAAAGCCAACAGGAGCAAAGUAUUUGGAGGUCUGUUCCUCAGUUUGGAGCGUGGGAUGGCAAGUCCAUUGGCAGUUCUACCAAUUACUCAGUGAUUUUUAAUCAAGCUCGUGCCACUAGGCAGCAGCACAAAAGAGACCAUCGAUUAAGCCUCGGAAAUGAGGAAGACCUCAUCGCACGUUACAACCAUCAUCAUCAUCAUCAUCAUCAUCAUCAAGAUCAUCGUCAUCAUCGUCAUCAUCAUCGUCGUCAACAUCAACAUCAUCAUCAUCAGGAAGAAGAUGAUCCAGUUGUGAGGAAAAAGAAGAUGUUGAGCUAUUUUAAUUGCUGUAAGGGGGCUUGAUUUUGCACAGCUCUGCAAAUUCCUGGCAUUUUUUUUUUUUUUUUUUUUUUUUUUUUUUUGUUUUCAGUUUGAGACUGCAGUUAGUAAUUCUACAGAUGAUAAAUUUAGUUCUUGGGAAACUUAAAGCUUCUGUAAUAUCAGAUUGAUCUACAUUUCUUUAUUAUUUUAAAUUA